CAUUCACUAUGGUAUUUGCUAUCUUUAGAACUAUGUAUUAUUUCUUUCUCUACAAUGUUGUCGCUUUUACAGGGAGUAAAAGCACGAAAAUAUUUAUAUGACAUGAACAAACUUGCUUGAUGACAACUUUGCUCAGUCAAAUACUUAUUAUCUAUCAAUUACGUAUUUACAGAAGUCUUGAUUUGAACUACAUUUAUGCGUUUAUUUGCUAAACCUAGUCUUCCCCAAUGUUGUUUUCUUCUUAUUUCAGACAUCCUAAUGUAAUUAUAUUGACAACAUCGAACAUAACUAGAGCCAUAGACGUUGCGUUCGUGGACAGAGCCGACAUCAAACAGUAUAUUGGUCCGCCAUCAGCCAAAGCUAUUUACAAAAUUUACCAUUUGUUUACCAGUAUCAUAUCACCAGCCACUCAAAUUUUGGAUUUAAGCUUUGUCGACAACGAUGUAACACACUGUAGUCUUGAAUUAAAGAAGAUAGCCGAAAAAAGUUAUCAACUAAGUGGUCGAACUCUUCGUAAACUACCAUUCCUUGCACAUGCGCUGUACUCAAAAGCGCAAACGAUAACCUUAGAAGAGUUUUGA